AUGGCAGCCAGGGGGGGCAGUUCCAGAGCUUCCAUGGCAGCCAGGGGGGCAGUACCAGAGCUUCCAUGGCAGCCAGGGGGGCAGUACCAGAGCUUCCAUGGCAGCCAGGGGGGCAGUACCAGAGCUUCCAUGGCAGCCAGGGGGGCAGUACCAGAGCUUCCAUGGCAGCCAGGGGGGCAGUCCCAGAGCUUCCGCCACAUCCUUAACAUCCAUCUGCAGCAGGCGCUGGAGAGGAAGCAGCCCCGCGUGGAGGUCUCUGUCCGGGGGCAAAUGCACAAGGUCACCCUGCCUGACGGGGCUGCUACCAACACCUGUAGAAACAGACUCAAAAGCAGAUGCAUCGACCAGUUAGCAGUGUUCACCAUCUUAGUAAUAACCGUGUUUGCUCUAGGUCAACCCAUUGAGAGUCUCCCUCAGCAUUGGGACGCCGUGCCAACCAAAACCUCCUGCCUGUCCUGCCUCAUCCAGACAGGAAGCCCAGAGCACAAUGAAGUCUUAAACCUGUUCCGAGCCACCUGCCCCAACAACGUUAUAAAGAUUGAGAGGAUCCAGAACCCAACCCUGUGGAGGACUCUCCAGAUCAAGAAGCUGGACAUGGAGCUCAGGAACGGUCACCAGAAGAAUGAGAAGAGGCUCUUCCAUGGAACGUGCCACACAACCAUCGAUCACAUUAACAACCAUGGCUUCAAUCGGAGCUACGCUGGGAAAAACGCUGCAGCAUAUGGAAAUGGAACAUACUUUGCUGUUGGUGCCAGCUACUCACUAUUUCGGGUUCUAACUGGAGAUUUCACAGCAGGACGACAUGGGAUGAAAGUGCCUCCAACUAAAAGCACUACAACUGUUGAACUCUACAACAGCGUGACAGACAACCCAUCAGGACCAUCUAUGUUUGUCGUUUUCCAUGACAAUCAGGCAUAUCCCGAGUACUUGAUCACUUUCUUCUAG